AAAUUAUUUUCAUUUCAUUAGCAUGGCAGUGUUGGGUGCUCAAUUGGUAAUCACACUUGUUGUGGUUAGUUUUAUUCAGAAAUUCAAUGCUCAUCUAUCUUUUGCCAAAUGGAUUUUGUGUUCCACCGGUCUAUACCGCUACUUACAUCCCACCGAUGAUGAGCUCAGAGCAAAGGCAGGAGUACCCAAAGAAAAGCCUCAAAAGGGAGGCAAAGGGAAAUUUGGCCACCAUCAGAAUGGCACACAUAAUCCCAAAGAGGGUCAAUUCCAUAUACCCCGCAGCAUAGAAGUGGACUUGGAGACCUCUCCGGUGGUAGCCAGAGAUGUUAUACAUUUACGCUACUACACCGAAUAUCAAUGGCUGUUAGAUUUUAGCAUAUAUGCUGCCAUUGUGUACAUUAUAUCCGAGGUCUAUCACUAUUAUAUUCCUUUGAAAAAUGAGGUCAACCUAAGCAUGGUGUGGUGUUUAUUGGUUGUCUUCUUUGCCCUCAAAUUAUUGUCAUCUCUUACUGUUUUAUAUUUCCAAAGUCAAGACUCUAUCGGUGAACGUUCCAUGGUUAUAGUAGCUUGUUUGGUUUACCUACUCAUAGCCAUGAUUGUGUUGAUUAUUGAUGAAAAAAUUUUGGAAACAGGAUUGGAGGAUGCCUAUGCUAGCUUUAAUGCAAGUGCCUCGAAAUUUUUAAAUGAACAAGGACUACAAUCGUCUGGACCCGCCUCCAAACUCAUUGUGAAAUUCUUCAUGGCUGUUUGUUGUGGUAUUUUGGGCUCUCUUUUCACCUUUCCCGGUUUGCGUAUGGCUAAAAUGCAUUGGGAUUCCCUGCGAUACUGCCAAGAGAGUAAAAUUAAACAAAUACUAUUGAACAUUAGCUUUGUGUUGCCAUUUAUUUUGGUCAUUUUGUGGAUUAGACCCAUUAGCCGAGACUAUUUGACUGUGCGAGUAUUUCAGGGAAUGGAAGAGCCUUUAAUGAAGCCACACAUGUUUGAAACUCUGCGUCUCAUAUUGGUUAUCUUGGUGGUGGUGCUAAGAGUAGCUUUAAUGCCAAUUUACUUGCAGUCCUACUUGAAUUUGGCCUAUGACAAAAUAAUGGAUUUGCGUAAAGAAGCAGGACGCAUUACCAAUGUGGAAUAUCAAAAGAAGAUUUCUUCCAUAUUUUAUUACCUCUGCGUGGUGACUCUACAAUUUGCGGCUCCCAUUAUAUUGUGCCUAUAUCUCACAUUGAUGUAUAAAAGCUUGGGAGGUUUUAGUUGGACUGGCAUAUACACCGAAUCUGUUCUACAACAUGAGUGCUCAGCAGAACUAGAGCCAACUGCGGCAGCUACGGUGCACGAGUUUAUCGAAAGCAGUGGUGCUGGGUUGAGUCUAACAGCAGAGGAGACCCCUAGUGAUUUCAAUAUUAUGGAAUCGGCUCAGAACUUGCAUAGUUCCUUAAUGAGUUUGAAAAAUGUCUUUACCACUGAGGUAUAUAAGGGCUUCCUAGGUUUUGCUGCCUGGUGGAGUUAUUUCACCUUAUUUGCCAGUUCUUCCUUGGGCAUCAUCUACCAAUCGUACUUCAACAAAACCUGAAACUUUUAAUAUGGAUGUUAAUCGAAUUACAAGCAAACACAAGCAAUACGAUUUUUUUCAAGAACAAAAAAAAAACUGUUAACACAUCGCAUAAAGUCAUUAGGUAGUAAAAUUUAUGUCUUAUAUUUUAUUCAUAUCCUAUAAGAAGUUGAAUCAAACAACACUGCACUAUCUUUUCUCACUCGCCAGUUAUCAUUGUAAUGAGUUUUUUUCUUUCACUUUAGACACCUACCAUAAGGUCCCUGUCCUACCAAAUAGUUGUAAUAUUUAUCAGAAAUUUUUAAGUAAUUGCCAUAAAUUUUAGUUUUUGUGUGUUUUUAUUAAUAUUUAUUAUUAUUUUUGUAUAGACUUCAUUUUUUUAUAAAACAUGAAUUUCUUGUCCAACAUUAAUUAUGGUUGUUCGAAUAUGUGUUCGUUUUUUUUUUCUUAGAUUUUAAUUUAUUUGGAAAUGGAUUUUCCUUUUUUUUACUUAAAAAAGAGAUGAUAAUUUUAAUACUUUUAUAAAUUUAUAUACUUAAAGGUGUAUAUAAUCAUAUGAAUAGUGUUUAUAGAGAAGAGUAAGAUUGUUGGAGAGAGAGAGCUUAUACCAAAAGAACAGAAAAAAGAAUAACUGAAAAAACCUA